AUGGCUGACAAUCAAUCAACCACUGAUCAACCUACUCGUCACAUCCGUCAGCCCCGUCGCAGCCUACGUACAACCAAUGCCGAAACUCCGCCUUUAUCCAAAGGAACCCCAAGCAUUGUCUCAAAUGCAGUAGGUGACACCACGGUUAAGCAGAAGAAACGGAAGAAGCAAAGCAAAUCAGAAUCAGAUGAAGACCCUAGCGUUCCGGUUGGCAAAACUACUUCCCGCGAAAGAUUGCUUGACUUACUGAACCGGCGAUUCCAGCCUAAAAAACCUCGCCUAUCAGCCGCCAGCGAUAAAAAGACAACUCGGGCCAAAAAAGCUUCACAAACCACCCGAGCAAAGGCCACUGAUGGCAUCAUUACCACCCGUCCUAGUCUUCCACCUCACAGUUUACCGACCGAUCUAGACAUUUCGAAAAGCCACGAAAUUAACUACUCUUUGUUUCACGAUUCUCAACUGCUAGAACUGCUUCACAACAUUGGCCUAGAUACGACGGGGAUGACUAAAGAAGAACUGAUCAAAAACUGCAAGUUGCAUCAAGAUCUAGUUGUUUUACCGGGUUUUUCUGUAACAGCACCUCAAGCUGGACCUUCGACACCGGCUGAAGGAAUGGAAACAGAUGCUGCUGACGAUACAACUUUACCCGAAAUCAUGGAGCACCCACAAACACCUAUUCCUCCCCUGCAAUCCACUUCGAAAUCGGAUCCAGCACCUCGACCAAAACGUACAAAAGGGAAGGGAAAGCAAGUCUCUAAUCAAGCGAACGACAAUCUUUCUCGAAUUGAAGAACUCUCUGCAGCCUCUGAGCAAGAGGAUUUUCACCCCCAACAAUCCACUUCGAGGAAAAAAUCUUCAAAAAACUGCAACUUACCUACUGAUGAUAGUGAUCCAACAAAUUUAGAUUCUUUGAAAGGUAUUAUUGCAGAGCAUAAAGACACUAUCAUCAAGCUGAACACAGUCUUUACAGAAACAAAUAAGAGGGUUCAAGAUCUUGAAGACGAAGUUCGCACACUAUCGGCUGUUGUUAAGAAGUUGGUUGGAGAGAAUGUUAACAGUCCCUCAGAUUCAAAAACACGCGGUGGUCGUAUAGCAGCUCGUGUGAGAUUUCACGUUGAAACACUUCUAGGGCAACGAACUUGCGAGAGGAUCCUUCCAAAACCUGCCAGUGCGGAAGAGAAGCAAGCUUGGAUGUCUCAGGAAUCUCUCGAUCUAUUUGAGUUUAACGUUGAACAUGAUCUGCUGCCCUCAGUUCCUGAAGACGGCGAUCCCACCUUCCCGUAUAAGGAUGGCCCAGGUCAUACAAAAUCUACCCCGCAACAGCUUUCUGUGAUGUGGCAGAUGAUGCAGGCAGUCGGAGUAUCGAGUUUUCGGCCCGACUUCUCUCGAACCCAAUCCUCCAAGGAUAACAAGUGGCUUUGGGAUCUUGGAUUAAAGAUUUUUAUUAAACUUGUCGAGUGUGGGGAGUACAGCGGUGUUCCUCUUGGUGUUGACGGGAUUGCUGCUAUCAAAAAAAGUCUGAAAUCACAUAUUCAAACACUCAUGAAAAGGUACUCUCAAGAGAAAUGGGAUGCCGCACAAAAAGAGGCAGCAGCAAAUGAAGUUAGACGAGCUACAAGGGCGCGACAUUUGAAAUCCCAACGGGACCGUAUAAUUCUUGCAAACCCGGGCUUGUGGUCUCUUUCAUCAAUACUCGAAAGUGCUUGUAGCGACGAUGAGACCGAUGACGAUGGCCACUUGGCCACCGGAUCCCCACGCUCCACAAGGCCAUUGCGCGUGCAAAGGCUUGAGUGGCGCAGCUCUCAAUUAGAACUGAUCUUCACUCGUAUUGAUGACCUCAAAGACCAAAAUGACGCCAGCAUACCUGGUAUCUCACCUGGUCAAAGGGGUCGCCCUCCUCAAAUGCGUAUUCGAAGUGAUGAUAGACCUCCAAGUUCGAUAGAAGCACCAGUGGGAUUACCUGUCGAUUGUUACUCGUCAGACUGGUUAUCCUCAUUAUCAGGCCUUGAUCGCUGUCAGCUUGAGAUUAAUGAAAUCCCACAAUUGAGCACAUGCCUUACAGCUCUUGACGCAUUGAUUUUUUGA